AUGAAGGUCAUUAACUUACGUGUUGAGCAUUACCGGGAAUUUGCAGUCAUCAACGAGGAGAAGCCUCGCAUCUCUUGGUCAUUUGAAGGCCUGGAAGAAAAGUGGUCUCAACGGGCAUAUGAGGUCUCUCUACACCGUGGUCAACCCAGAAAGACCGAAACGUUCUCGGUCGCAUCCUCACAGUCCCUUUAUGUACCAUGGCCAUCCCGACGACUAGAAUCGCGAGAGCUUGUAACACUCAAAGUUCGGGCCCAGUCCGAGGAUUCGGCGUGGACGUCAUGGUCAGCUCCCCUGCAGAUCGAGGUUGGAUUACUCGAAACCACCGACUGGCACUGUACCUUGAUUCAACCCUCAAUCAAUCGGGACUUGUCCAAGCCAGUUCAACCAGUGAGAUUCAGAAAGGACUUUCACCUCAAGGAAGCGCCACAACAGGCUCGUUUAUACAUCACCGCACACGGUCUCUACGAGAGCUUCAUCAACGGGACCAGGAUCGGAGACCACGUGCUUGCGCCUGGGUGGACGUCUUAUGACCAUCAACUGCCGUACCAGACUUUUGAUCUCCUAAAACAGCUAAAGAAAGGAGAGAAUGUCAUCGCCGCGGAGGUUGCCGAGGGUUGGUAUUGCGGCAGGUUGGGCUUUGCAGGUGGUGAGAGGAAUAUCUGGGGCUCUUCGGUCGGCUUGUUUGCUCAAAUUCUGAUCACAUACAGCGAUGGAAGCACAGAGGUUGUCGGAACAGACAGAAGUUGGAGAUGGAGCCACGGCCCCUUACUUCAAGCCGAGAUCUACGAUGGUGAACUGUACGAUUCUAGGUUGGAAUGCCCUGGAUGGAACGAGCCGUCAUUCUUGGACAAGGGCUGGCAGAGCGUUCGCCUUGGUCAAUUCAAUCUCUCGACUUUGCAAGUACCAUCUGAUAGCCCACCAGUCCGGCGAAUACAAACCCUCCACGCGGAAAAGAAAUUGCAGAGCCCCCAAGGAAGCACCAUCCUUGACUUUGGGCAGAACCUGGUUGGCUGGGUACGAUGUGAUCUUACUGGGCCAAAGGGUCAUACUGUUCGUCUCAUACAUGCUGAGGUCUUGAAAAAUGGUGAGUGUGCCACUGCGCCACUUCGAGAUGCCAAGUGUACCGACACAGUCAUCUUGUCGGGUCAGCCUCUGGUUUAUGAGCCUCGUUUCACGUUUCACGGGUUUCGCUACGUGCAGAUCACAGGCUACGACUUUGAUCAGGUCGACCUGAACAACUUCCGCGCCGUCGUCAUCCACACAGAUAUGCCCCGAACUGGAUGGUUUGAGUGUUCAGAUGAGAUGUUGAAUAAGCUGCAUGAGAAUGUAGUUUGGUCCAUGAGGGGAAAUUUCAUCUCGGUUCCCACAGACUGUCCUCAAAGAGAUGAGCGUCUUGGAUGGACCGGGGAUCUACAAGCGUUCGCUCCCACUGCAGCCUAUCUCUAUGAUACUGGAGGCAUCCUCAAAACUUGGCUUCGAGGCCUGGCUUUUGAGCAGACCGAAGAUGGCAAGGGUAUCCCGCCGCUUUUCUCUCCCAAUAUUUGGAAAGGACGUCCAAAUAUCCCAUCUGCCAUCUGGGGAGAUGCACUCAUCAGUGUACCAUGGGAUCUUUACCAGUCCUCCGGCGACACAGCGUUUCUUGCAGAUCUCUAUGACAACAUGAAUGAGUGGUUAACAAAGGGUGUCAAGCGAGACCAAGAUGGCCUUCUGUGGGAUCCUAAUCACUCUCAACUUGGUGACUGGCUUGAGCCUGGUGCACCCGCUGAUGACCCGGGCAAUGGACCGACAGACGAGAUUCUAGUUUCGAAUGCUUUUCUCAUCCAUAUGACAGAUAUCAUGGCCCAGAUCUCUGGCAUCUUGGGUCGUGAAAAAGAUUGUGAGCUGUGGACAAAACAAGUAGCCAACUUGCGUGCGCGCUUUGCUCAGAUUUACAUCACUGACGAAGGAAGAGUUGUGUCAGACACUCAGACAGCCCUAGCACUAGCCAUUAACUUCUCGCUCUUUCCCACUCCCAGGCAGCAAGAUACAGCAGCAGCACGUCUUGUCCAUCUGAUUAGACGCAACGCGCGUUUCAAGAUUGCUACGGGCUUCGCAGGGACACCUAUUCUCGGGCAUGCGCUCAACAAGAUCAACCAACACCAGCUCUUUUAUAGAAUGCUCAUGCACAAAAAGCCGCCAUCUUGGCUCUACCCGGUCACUAUGGGCUCUACAACCAUCUGGGAAAGAUGGGAUAGUAUGCUUCCAGACGGGACACUAAACUCAUCUAACAUGACAAGCUUCAAUCACUAUGCAUUGGGAGCUGUAGCAAACUGGAUGCACACCACGAUUGCCGGUAUACAACCGCUGGAGCCUGGUUGGAAGAGAAUAAGGAUCUCUCCAGUGCCAGGAGCAACAAUCACGUCUUGUCACGCUCGAUUCCUCAGCCCCUAUGGUGAGGUAGACGUAAGUUGGGAACUGAGGGGCGAUGAAAUACAUCUGUCGGCCACAAUUCCUGGAAAUACAGAGGCAGAAGUCACACUGCCUGGUGGAGAGCCGGAAUCCGUGGGGUCUGGAAGACAUGUCUUCUCUCGUGCCUACACUCGGCCUGAGUGGCCGCCGCUGCCUAUCUAUGCUCCUUUUGUUCCGCAUGAUGAUGAUGAACCAUAGGUGCAGAGAAUGGAGAUGAGGG